AUGACUGAAGGACAAGAAAGAACGGGCCAAGAUGCGAUUUACGAACAGAAUAUGCAAAUCGAAGAUAUCCAGUCAGAUGAAACAGCAAACAAAGAAGAAUUGCAAGCGGAUACUGAAUCUGCAGUUCCUGAAGUACAAAUUUCGGAGGAAAUAAAAGAACUAAGGAUAUGUAGGUUGUUUGUAACAUGGCCUAAGUUGUUUUUUGGUGAGUGGGUGAAAGUAUAGCGUGAUGGCUUUGUGUUAUAUUGAAACUACUCAACCUAGCUAAAUUACGCUUGAUUUAGGUUUUGUCCAAUUAUCCCCAUUAUCAAGCUUUGCAGUGUGAAUUGUGGAACUCGAAACUAGGAUGAAUGCUUGGUAUUCAACUUACUCAAUUGACAAUUAGUUGAUCAGAUUAGCAUCAAGUGUGAAAUCAAAAAGUUUCACACUUGAUGUAACACUCAACACAGCAAAAUCUUUAAAUGCCCCAAGUACUUCCGAAACUGAUUUCUCACUUCUGCUUAAGCCUUAAAGGAAAGCUCUAAAAACGGUUGUAACGGCUGUAUUCUAAAAGCUCACUCACACUCAAUGAGUGGAGGUUCAAUCAGAAGUUCUCUCGAGUGUCAAUGCUGUUUUUGAAUAGCUCAGGCUGGAAGCUGAGUAGUCACAUAGUAAGGUAUGAUGACACUAACCCUCCAGCUAUUCAAAAACAGCAAUGACACUCGAGAGAAGCUCAGAUUAAACUUCCACUUAUUGAGUGUAAGUGAGCUUUUAAAAUACGGGCAUAUAAGAUUUGAUACUCAAUCUAUUUACAAUACGCUUGUUAGAAGCCGCUAAAUGACGCUUGGCUAUAAGCCUAAGAUAAACUAGUCUGCAAUAUUUAAUACCAGGGGUCGGUUGUUCAAAAUUGGAUAGCGGCGGUAACCCUGGGUUAAGAUUAAGAGUUAGCCCGCUGUUUUGGUUCGGGGACAUUUCAAAACUUCGAAAAAUAAAUUUUUUAUUGAUUCAAACAAGAAUUCUGGAAAACUAUGGCCAUGUUUUUAAACAUACUGUCGGGAAGUCGACUGCUUCAAAAUUUUCGUCAACAUAGGGCUAACUGUUAUAACCGGCUUUCGAACAGUACUUUAGUGGGAUUUUUUAUCAUUCAUUUAGGACUAACGUUGGGCGGCCAUUGUUUAGCGAUAUUCACAUCAACAAUUCUGUACAUUGCUGGCUACGACAUCCUCCCGAUAGAUUUCAGCGCUGUGCCGUUGAAUCUCGAAGAUGACCCGACCAAGCUACGAGCAGAUGCGUGGAAGUUCGCGAGCGAGAGCGACGCCGUCACACUCAGUUCUUCAGCGGUCAGCGGUAGUGCGCAGAGAAUCGUGCGCUAUCAGGGCCUGGAACUAGUUUACGAAUCACAAGAGAAAAACAUGCUCACAAAAACGACUUUAAAACGGAUUCAAACUCUUGAAAACGAACUACAGAAUAACAAAAUUUGGAAUGAAAAGCUAUGCAUGUUAGGUCCCACACAAACUUGCCGAAAACCUACUUCAAUUUUACGCUUUUUUGACGGUACAUAUCAAAGUCUUCACGAAGAUUUAUUUGAUCCAAAUUUUGACAAUAUCCUUCAUGUCUUAGUAACCGCACAGUCACUAAAUACGACCCGAUCUACUCUUGCUUAUCACUUGGGAAAAGACGCAGCGAUUGAUAAUCUAACUCAAACAGCGCAAUCGAAAUAUACCCGGUCUUUAAUGAACAUCGCAUGGCCUUUGGACGGUUUCAACAGCACUUUAAACCAAAAGGAGGAACAAACAGAAAAGUCAGACUCUUUAACCAUUGACGCUUUUGCGGAUAAACUCAAGCGCACUUAUACAAAAGGGCUACCAGGGAUUAAAUUCUAUUAUUAUAACCGUGCAAUUUAUGUUAAUGAGAUACAGCUACAGGUUGUUUGGGAUUUCUUGCUAGCCGGAGGGAGUAUGGUAUUCAUUUUUAUCUUCAUGUGGUUCCAAGUUGGCUCAUUAUGGAUAACAAGCUGGGCUAUAUUCAGUAUACUGUCUAGUUUUGUCAUAACCAAUUUCAUUUACCGGGUUAUAUUGGAUUUUCGCUACUUUGGCGUGUUCCACGUCCUGUCCGUCUUCAUAGUCCUGGGGAUUGGCGCCGACGAUGUGUUCGUAUUUAUGGACUCUUGGAAACAUUCUAAACACGUGACCUCAUUAGUUCCCAGGCUCUCACGGGUCUACAGUGACGCAGCUUCAGCCAUGUUUGUGACGUCAUUCACCACGACGGUCGCGUUCCUCUCCAGUUCCCUCUCACCGCUGCUCGCCGUAUCGACCUUCGGAACCUUCUCGGCUUUGCUCGUCGCCGUAAAUUAUUUCUCGGUCGUGCUAUUUCUACCAUGCGUCGUCCUCAUCCACGAACGUUACAUAAAAACAAGUAA